UCCAUUUUAAUUUGGUAUUUCAACUACAUUAUAUUUCCCUUUUUCUUCUCUUGCAAAAAUGAUGAGGGAUUUUGAUUUUUGCCCACUAGUAUUCAAGUCUAAAAGAAAGAGACACAUAUGGAUAGUUGGAGGGCUGUUUGGAAUGAUUAUAAUGGUUCAAUAUCUUAAAGCUCCGUAUGGAACCAUUUCAGAAUCUUUCCUUUCUCUCAAGAAAUUUGGAUGGUGGGGGAGUUCAAUCACAGGGAAUGAAACAUACCAAAUGACUCAUGUGAAGGAAAUUAAAAAUUCUAGGAAUGGUACUAACUUUGUUAAUUCAAAGCCCGACCCGGAUCAACAUGAUCACUCGGGUGAUCCAACCAUAUCGCCCGAAAUGGGCAAAACUUCAGAGAUUGGAUAUGUAACAUUGGACCCAAUGGUUUCACCUUCUCCUUUGCCUCAUGAACCUGGAAGGGUUCCAUACACAACUUCAAACGCUAUAUCUCCUGGCCCCGGAGAAGCGACGGUAAACAAGAAUGCAACCAUUGCUCAGAGAUUGCCAACCAACGGCAGUCUUUCGUGCGAAAAUCUGAUGGUGAAAACGAUGUCCUUGAAGCGUAAAAGAAUGAGAGUGGUUUCGUACUCGGAGAUGAAAACUACGUCGUUUCAAAAUACAUCGUCAUACCUUCUUAUUAAACAACAGUGGCCUUCUGUUGUUGACCAAGAACUGUUAGAUGCCAAAUCACAGAUUGAAAAUGUAGAAAGUGAUCAAGAUGAUGACGACGUGCUCACCCCUCUUUACCGGGACAUUUCCAAGUUCAAAAGGAGUUACGAGUUGAUGGAGCAAACAUUGAAGGUGUACGUCUAUGAGGAGGGAGAGAGACCAAUAUUUCAUGAAUUUGAUUUGAGAGGAAUAUAUGCUUCAGAAGGUUGGUUCAUGAAGCAACUGACAACUAAAACGAAAUUCGUAACAAAGGACCCCAACAUAGCACACCUAUUUUACCUUCCAUUCGGUUCACAUAAUCUCGAGCAUACCUUGUACGUGCCAGAGUCUCACAAACAUACCAACCUAAUAGAGUACUUAAACAGCUAUAUCAACUUGAUAAAAGGAAGGUACCCUUUCUGGAACAGAACUUGUGGAGGUGACCAUUUUCUUGUGGCGUGUCAUGACUGGGCUCCUGAGGAGACUAGGCAUCACAUGGCUAAUUGCAUAAAGUCUCUCUGCAAUGCUGACCUACGAGAGGGCUUCCUGUUCGGGAAGGACACUUCUCUCCCAGAAACUUAUAUGCAUUCAAAUCUAGAUCCAAUGAGAAACAUUGGAGGGAAAGUGCCUUCUGAGAGGAGUAUCCUAGCAUUCUUUGCUGGGCAGAUGCACGGCCACGUCCGGCCCACUCUCCUCAAGUUCUGGGAAGACAAAGACCCUUCCAUGAAGAUCGUAGGUCACAUGAAGAAGAGCCAGUAUAUGAAACACAUGAAGAAUAGCAGAUACUGCAUAUGUGCAAGAGGGUACGAGGUUAAUAGCCCCAGAGUUGUUGAGGCGAUUUCCUAUGAUUGUGUUCCAGUUAUUAUAUCAGACAACUUUGUUGUCCCGUUUCUUGAGACCUUAAACUGGGAAUCCUUUGCGGUUUUUGUGCUCGAAAAGGAUAUUCCAAAUCUCAAAAACAUACUUGAAUCAAUUCCCGAAAAGAGGUAUAUGGAGAUGCAUGAGAAUGUUAAGCGUGUACAAAGACAUUUCAUUUGGCAUCUUAAUCCAGAGAAGUAUGACAUCUUCCAUAUGAUACUCCAUUCUAUUUGGUACACUAGAGUAUUUCGAAGCACACACUAGCUAGUACUUCGUAAUACUCUGAGAAUGUUUGCUCUCUUCUUGGUGUAAAAAGUAUGUAAAUAAUAAAAACAUAUAGUGACCGAUAUAUGUACAUUUCGAGUAUGAGUUUUAGAACUUUAAUGGAUCUUUCAAAUGAGAAAAAAUCGGCUUUAAAACGGA